CUUUUCCAGGCAUGUUAGAACCUGGUCCCUUCGUGUCCACUUUUCGGUCAAGUCUCCUGCGACUGCUUUCAUUUUGACUCACUGCAGCAGCAGCUGGCCCUCAACCAACUAUAUACGAGAGAGCCCGAAGACAAGAGCUCUGGAGUCAAUGGAUCUCACAUCAGCUCGUUAACACCCUCGACGUUGUGCAAUAAAAACCACCCACCCUCCGUAUUUGACGCCGCGCAUCAGCAAGACUUCGCCCUCUCCAAGUCAAUUUCGGCCUGGAUGGACACCAUGGCCUACAAGGAUACAAAUACCAACGGGCAGACUCAGACAGCCUCUCCACGACUCCAGUGCCAAAGGACAACCUGAAAACCCUUUCGCCAAACUCGUCCCCGAGCAAGAAAUCGUCAUUGUUCCCUCCUUCACCCUCGAAUCCGGCGUCGUCCUCAAAAACGUCCCCGUCGCAUAUACCGUCCGUGGCCAGCUCUCUGAAGCCGGGAAUAAUGUCCUGGUGAUAUGCCAUGCCCUCAGUGGCAGUGCGGAUGUUGCCGACUGGUGGGGACCUUUGCUGGGAGGGCCUGGCCAGGCCUUUGACGUGACGAGAUUCUUUGUUGUCUGCCUGAAUAGUCUGGGGAGUCCCUAUGGCAGUGCCAGUCCAGUGACAAACAAGGAUGGCGACCCGACGCAAGGCAGAUAUGGCCCAGAGUUUCCUUUAACCACGAUAAGGGAUGACGUGCGGAUACAUAAAAUUGUCCUCGAUCAUCUCGGUGUCCGACAAAUCGCAUGCGUGGUCGGCGGGUCUAUGGGAGGCAUGCUGAGUCUGGAGUAUGCGUACUUCGGGAAAGACUACGUGCGGAGCAUUGCACCCAUAGCCACGUCGGCGACACACAGUGCCUGGGGCAUCAGCUGGGGAGAAGCUCAACGGCAGGCGAUCUACUCGGACCCGAAAUAUGAAGAUGGGUAUUACUCGUUCGAAGAGCCUCCAACCGCCGGCUUGGGCGCAGCCCGCAUGUCGGCUCUCCUCACAUACCGCAGUCGGGAUUCGUUUGAGGCUCGCUUUGGUCGCAAUACUCCAGAUCUGUCGAAGAAGCCCUCCAUCAAUCAAGGGCAGAAGACCAACGGUGUUCAAAACGAGCACUGGAGCAUCCACAACGAUGGGCAUAAACUGGCCAAAGGAUCCCGCGAUUCUCGCCCUGCGUCCCGCAAUGGCGCUAUGUCCGAGCCGCCAUCAGAGCGCCACUCGCCCGAGAGUGAGGAGCGACCGGCGACAUUCAAAGACCCACAGUUCAACGGGGCUACCGAGUUCGUCAUACCUGUGCCUGUUGUCGAGAAGAAGACGUCCAGACCGACUCAUCAUUACUUCUCGGCACAGUCCUACCUGCGAUACCAAGGCACCAAAUUCGUGACCCGGUUCGAUGCAAACUGUUACAUCGCCAUCACGCGCAAGCUGGACACCCACGAUGUGUCGCGGAACCGGGCCGCCACCGUCAAAGAAGCCCUCGCGCAAAUAGAGCAACCAGCGUUAGUACUGGGGAUUGAGUCGGACGGUCUGUUCACCAUUGCGGAGCAAGAAGAACUGGCUGACUGUAUCCCCAACGGACGACUCGGCAAGAUCGACAGCCCCGAGGGCCACGAUGCCUUCUUGUUGCAAUUUGAGCAGGUGAAUAGCUAUCUGCUGGACUUCUUUAGAGAGGUGCUACCGGACAUCAUGAACAAACCAGGCGUUGGCGGACCAGACGGAGAGGUCAAAGAUGGAGUGGGUCAGAUGACCAAGUCGAGUACGUUCGGCGAGGCAGAGGUCGGCGACUUGACUGCUUGGUAGUCAGUCAGAUCAUGGUGCGGCUGAGGAGGGAUUCCAGACCAGUUCAACUCUGGCUGGAUCCUGGAAGCCAGAAGGCACGAAGGAUGAGCGUUGCGGUUGUAUAUAUUAUGUAUCAUUGUCGUCAGUCAAAAUGACUGCAUUCACAAUAUACCCCCAGGAUAUGACAUGGGCAUGAUGGGCUUGGAACAUAGAAAAUGCAAUGGACAGCUAUUAUUCAAUUGAGGGAUUGUCGUCUUCAUCUCGCUUCAUUCGGAAUACGACUAUGUACCGUAC